AUUCUUGGUUCGGUACUUAUCAAAUGCUCGACAAAUUGGAACAAUAAUUAAACAUACUGACGUUAAAUUUAUAAAAGAUAAGCAAAAUACUACGACCAUAUUACCAUUUCUUGAAAAGAAGGUCGAACAUUUUGAACCUCCAAAACAUCCCUCAUUUAAGUCUUCAAGGGUACAAAAACGACAGCCUGUGAAGAAAUUUGUCCCAGAAUUAACAGUGCCGAGACCGUUCAAAUUUCACGCGAUUAAUCGUAUUAACAAGACAGAGAAUCAACUUUCAACAUCACCAUAUAUUCCACUGGCUGCGCGAGUUAAGCAAUUCUUAGAAAAGACACCUGAUAGGUUUAAAUCAAAGCUCGUAUCGAUUAAGCCUGCUACAGUUCAAGUGAAACCUCCGACGAAACCCAAAUCCCCAUUAUUGCGUACAAAGUUGAGAUCCAAACCACGCAA